CUUUUACAGAGGCCGCAAGAUGAUACUCUUGAUUUUGAUCAAUCUGCUAGUAUUUUCGCUCGCUCAAGGUAUCCAGAAAAGUGAAUCAGACGAAAUAAGCAUAAAUUUAUUUCUUUACUGUUUUUCCUUCUUCUAACUUCUUCUACCUUUUUUGUUUCUAUGCUUUAAUCACUCGAUGAAAAGAUUGCAGUUUUGAGCAAGGAACCUGUGGAUGGAAAAACGAUCCCUCAAGCCGUCUGAAAUGGCUUCGACGUCAAGGAAACACUCCCCAAGGGGAAGGUGGGUUUUAGCCAUUUGGAAAUUUCCUUAUCUAAUAGCUAAACGAUCUAAUAAGUGUAUAAUCUGAUUAUUUCUGCACUGAAUGAUUUUGAGAUCGUGCCAGGAUGGGAGAAAAGGUUGAAAGCAAAAAGUUAAGCAACAAUCAAAAUUGUUUUCUCUCGGGUUCAUCACCAUCUAAAUAUAAUGCUGUCUCUAGACUCACCUAUCAUGGCAAUUUGCCCUCCCGAACCUAGCCCCGACUGUCCUUUUCCUUUACUUUUAAUUUUUCUCACACAGCAGCAAUUUCAAUUCUCACCUUUAUUGAAGAUUGUCUGUGAAACCCUUUUUUAAAAUAUGGAUGUUCCACAAAAAAAAAACAGAAAUACGUUCUGUUUAUUGAAUUCUUCAUACUCGCGCCUUAGCAAACAAGUGAGACAACAGCAUUUUCAACCUUACCCAAAGAGUGACAUGGUUCAACAUUGAAUUGACCCAAAUCUACGCAAAUGUCUUAAGAAUACUUAAAUCUUUAUCAUUUUAAUACAGGUCACUAUAUGCUGCUUGGAAAAGGCAAGAAAAACUUUGAUGCUGGUCUCCUUUUUAAGACCUCAAUUAUGGAUAAAUGUCUCUCCUUCUGGUAUAAAAUUAAGGGAGCAAAAGGUAGCGCAAUUGAAGUGUUCGUCGACGGUCGCCACUUUGAAGAUCUGAAAGCUACAAAAGAUGGCAAAUGGCACAAAGCAACAUUUACCAUCAAUAAAGUAAACAAGAAGGUAGGCUGUAAUUUGUGUUUGUAUCCUUCGGUCCCCUUUUCCUUUUUUCAUAAUCUGAGAACAUUGACACUAUUAGAUAAAAGAAUAAAAAGAAAUUUGCGGUCUCAUGACCAACCAAGCAAUCCACCGAAACAUCGUAAAUGAGCUAUUUAUUGUUAGGGCAUCUAUAAAAAAAAUUAAUAGAAGAUAUCAAUUUGUUAUUUCAAAUCCGUAUUCAUAUUCUCCAUUCUCUCCACAAUUCUUUUUUAUGACACAUUCUUAUCCUUUUCAAUACUUUACUUUGUACACGUAUUUGCUUGUUUUUUUGUUGAAUGGAAACAGAUCGUGGUAUAUGGUGUGAGAGGGAAAAAGAAAGAUUCCAUAGCCAUCGAUGACAUAACGCUUUCGGAUAAUUGUGGACCCAGUCCCCCAGCGACAGGCCAACCAACACCUCCACCACCAACAGGUCAACCUUCGCCUCCACCACCAAACACUCCUUCAGUACCUGGGACGUCCCCGCCUGGUAAAGAAAAGAAUGUUUUUUUUCAACAUAUUCCUUAAUUACAGGCGAAACCAGAAAUGCUGCCAGUAAUGAUUCGGUUCAUUUAGAAACCCUUGAAAAUGAUGAAAACUAAGUAGAAGGAGGGAACACUUGCAGCGCUCAAACAGAUGAAACUAAUCUUGAUCUAACCCUAAGAAAUUCCUGCUAAUGUGUGAAUAGAAAAUAAGAUGCAAAGUAAAUAGCUAGACGAAUAGGCACUUUAGAUAAAUCUCUUUUCAAUGAAUAUUAGGUUUCUCGUGUCUACCACGAAAAUAUUGAUAUUUUUCCAUUUCAUUUCCCCUGUUUUGGUUUGCUCGUAACUUUUUAUUUUCCCUUGGACAGUUUUUGUGUAUAAUAAAAAGGAGAAAAUUUGUGCUCAGAUCCUCAAUCACAACCCUGAUAUUCUUCAGGUUAUUAACGAGCGCAUUUUUCUUACUUGCAUGAAAAUCCUUUUCACAUUAAAUCAUCAACAAUCAGGCGAUUGCGGUAAAGGUCCUAUUGCAAGGAUUGUCGGAGGUAUGGAAGCAAAAAGAGGUGAUUAUCCUUGGCAAGCCCUUCUCCAAAAGAACGGUUACCAGUUUUGCGGUGGAACCUUGAUUAGACCACAGUGGGUACUUUCUGCAGCUCAUUGCGUGGAGGGUGAAAAGCCUAAAAAUAUUGUCAUUCGGUGAGGACCUCUAAUUUACCAAGGCUAACAUCUUUUAAGUUUUCUUUAUACUUUUGGGCCGCGUCGUUCAAAGAGGGAUCAAGGUUGACCUAGGAUUAAAAGGAAACCUUGACUUCAUUUUCUCAUUUAGAGCGCAUAAGAGGAAGGGUGUUGUUGGGUCUUCUCAAUAUGUCUAAGGUUAAAACCUAAAAGGUUAAAAAUACCAAAGAAAAAUCAAUUUGCAGAGCUGUAAAACUAAACUUAAAAUUUACACCAACCCCGAGUUAAGGUUAACUGCGUUUUGAGCAACACAGCCCAGCUGGUGUACAACAUACAGAGCUCAAACAAAUUUCACGGGAACUCCACCCCCUCCCCACUCCCCACCCCCUCCUAAAAAAUAUAAAAUAAAAUAAGAGACAUACACCCACUCCCUAACAGAUACUGGUCACGUGCAAGUUUGCUCAACAAUAUUUGCACGGUGAACAUCCCUUUCACCACGAGAACCUUUAUUUCGACCCUUUCGUAUUGUAAGUAAUGUUUUGUUUUCAAGCACAGUCUUAAUAAUGAUCAGAUUGGAUUCAGAUCUUUUCUACUUUUUAUAUUUUUCCUGACAUUAAUAGGAUGGGUGCACAUUAUCGAGUGGACAAACCUUCCACAUCUCAAGGUGAACAGAAGUUCAAGGUGGUUAAAAUUAUUACGCACGAGUCUUACAACAAGCCAAAAGAUAUGAGUCAUGACGUUGCCCUCCUGAAGCUUGAGAGUCCUGCUACUCUUAACGAGUAAGUAGACCACAAAUAUAUAAGUUUUCAUUCACUAAUCUGUCGGUUUGACUUAGCUCCUCUCUUAAAUAACCCCUGGCGCGUUAUUCCUUGUUUUGAAAGGAUUUGCGGCCCCGAGAAAAACCAUAACAGAAUUCGUGCUAAAUUACGAACAAUUUUCACAAUAUAACUUCUCGAACAUCCCAGAGCUCUUGUUCGUCCACAUGUCGCCUGGCCUCAAUUGUUUUAAUGAAUGCCAUCAUUUUUUUUUCUUUUUUGUUUAUGAUUCGCAGCAAGGGUUUACUGUUAGUAAUUUGCAAUAAGGCAAUGAAACCAAAUCAAAAUCUGUAAUUUGCAAAAUGGAAAUCUGUAAUUUACAAAAUGGACAUUUUUAACUUGCAUAGCAAGAAAAGCGGAAAAUCGUUAAUCCACAACCUCGCCUCGUAAGUCCACCACAUUUUGACCGUUGUGAUGACGAAUCUUGAUAAGAGUACAGCCCACUCGAUAAGAAUACAGACCACUCGACAAGAGUACAGAUCACUCGAUAAGAGUACAGCCCACUCGAUAAGAAUACAGACCACUCGACAAGAGUACAGAUCACUCGAUAAGAGUACAGCCCACUCGAUAAGAAUACAGACCACUCGACAAGAGUACAGAUCACUCGAUAAGAGUACAGACCACUCGACAAGAGUACAGAUCACUCGAUAAGAGUACAGACCACUCGAUAAGAGCACAGACCACUCGACAAGAGUACAUACCAUUCGACAAGAGUACAGACCACUCGAUAAGAGUGCAGACCCCUCGAUAAGAGCGCAGACCUCUCGAUAAGAGUACAGACCACUCGAUAAGAGUACAAACCACUCGAUAAGAGUACAGACCUCUCGAUUAGAGUACAGACCACUCGAUAAGAAUACAGACCACUCGAUAAGAGUACAGACCACUCGAUAAGAGUACAAACCACUCGAUAAGAGUAUUGACCUCUCGAUUAGAGUACAGACCACUCGAUAAGAGUACAGAUCACACUAAACCACUGUCGAUUUGUUAAAUCUACGCGCGCCCAUGUAUUAUUCUCACUGAAUCUCGUGAUCAAAAAGAGAAAGCUUAAGAAGGAAAGUUUUUUGUUCAUUUCAGAUCAAACACCACAUAAAUUCCAAGGCCAUCUUAACGAAAAGUAUUUCAGUAUGUCAAUUUGCCCACUGCGUUUUUAUUAUGUUUUCCUAUAUUAGGUUACCAGCCCCUUCGCCAAUUUUAAACAGAGAAGAGGAGCAAAAACGUUUUUGGUUAAAUCGACCAGUCAUUACUUAUUGCCGGAGGGGGUCGGGGGUGGGAGAUUUUGGGAAUACCACAUGGUUGUCAGGGGUGUCACGGAAAACAAAGAAGGGAUGAGUCAUCGCUUACAAAGUAUAAAAGGGGUACUAUAGAAACUUGACUGCCGAUGCGGUGGCAGCAUCGGAAUACUUAGAGAGUCUUAUCAGAUUAGUUAAGUUUUACCGUGGCAAAACAAAAAGCAUCCAACUUUCCUCUUCCUUCCCCCCACCCCAGUUUAAAGAGGAUAUGAAAUAUUCCCUUGCCAGUCCCUAAUAUUGAUUUGGCGUUUAUUUAUUCCAAGCUUCACAAAUCUCGCUUGCCUACCUUCAUCUGAUCCAAACCCUGGGUCAUCGUGCGCCAUCACCGGUUGGGGCAAUUUGAAAGAAAAUGGAAACCAGCCCGAAAAGCUUCAAGUAGUGCAAGUUCCCAUAAUGUCAAAACAAACCUGUGAAGGAUAUUACCGAAAUGAAUUACACGAGUCUAUGGUGUGUGCAGGAUUUCCAAAGGGUGGCAAAGAUUCCUGUCAGGGAGAUAGUGGCGGUCCAAUGGUCUGCAAGGGUUCCGAUGGCAGGUACAGUGUACAUGGUGUUACCAGCUGGGGAUAUGGCUGCGCACGACCGGGAAGGCCAGGUGUCUAUGCCAGAGUUUCGUAUCUCGUCAAAUGGAUUGAAGGCAAGAUUAGCAAUAACUGAGGGUCAAAGAGAGAAAUAGCGCAAAUAUGAUUUUCAUAUGAUCUUAUGUACUAGACUGUAAGCCUCUUUACUUAUUUCUGUUUAUGAAUGAAGAGGAAAGUGCUAAAAAGCCAGCACAUGGAUAUCAAAGGGCUUUAUGAGGUUAUGGAAAGCAACAGCUGAAAGUUUUGAAGCUUAUUAAAGGUGUUAACAAUGUAUCAAUGAAUCAAAUAAAGCAUUGAAAA